AUGCUUUCAGAGAGACCUUCAGGAUCGCUCCCUAGCACUACAGAGUCAAACCCGAGGGAGCAUUGCAAAGCUAUCACCUUGUGUUCAGGUAAGAAUUUGACUAGUUCUUCGCCUUUAGCUGAUAAGGAUAAUACAAUCGUGCAGGUCGAGCCAGCUAAGGAAGGACCAGACCUUGAGAUGGUAGAGAAUGAGAGAAAGAAAGAAGAGCAGCAAAGACAAGGGAGCAUGCAUCAUAUCCCUGCAAGGUUGAGACAGGAUAUGGUGGACAUGCAAUACAAUUUUGUGGUAAUAGAUAUGGAGGGUGAUAGCACUGUGCCUCUUAUCCUGGGUAGGCCUUUCCUAGCUACAUCGAGGGAUGUUAUCGAUGUAAGCGAUGGAAAGCUUAAGCUUAGAGUUAAUGAUGAGACCAUUACCUUUGACCUGGCCACUUCCAUGAGACAGUCACUGGACUAUGAUAAUACUUCUGGGGUGCGGAAAGUAAAGACUUCAUUCGAGGACCCACCAGUUUUAGAACUGAAGGAGUUACCGAGCCACUUGGUUUAUGCCUUCCUGGAUGAAGAGAAGCGCUUACCAAGUAAUCAUAGCGGUACCGAUCUAACUCCUGAAGAACAAGCCAUGCUGUUGGAAGUUCUAAGGAAGUACAAGAAGGCCUUUGCUUUCAAUAUAGCCGAUAUCCCGGGCAUAAAUCCAAGUUUCUACUCUCAUAAGAUUUCAUUGGGGGACAGUCACGUCACCUCAAAGACGACUCAAUCCGAACAUGAAAGAAGUGGUAAGGAGCGACAAUGGCAGUUGAGUGAGCUAGAUGAGUGGCGCCAGCAGGCAUACGAAAACUCCUCAACUUACAAAGCAAGGACUAAGAAAUGGCAUGAUCAAAGGAUUCGUGAGCCUAAGGAAUUUCAGGUUGGGGAUCGAGUGUUGCUUUACAACUCUCGCCUUCGUCUGCUUCCCGGAAGCUGCUGCACUCGCUGGUCCGGACCAUUUCGGAUCGGACAAGUCUUUCCAUAUGGAGUGGUAGAGUUGCAUCAUCCGGAGAAGGGGAACUUCAAAGUGAACGGCCAUCGGCUAAAGCGAUAUCAUUGUAACUCGUUGGAUAGUGAGCAACGAGUUGACUGGCUUUGUAUGCACAGAAGGGUAUGGGGGCAAGGCGACUCGAGUCGGCAAAAGGCAAGCCCAGGAAAAACUCCGUUUCACCACGGUUUCUAUGGCCAUCACGGUCGCAUCACCGUGUCAUUGAUGAGCACUGGCCAGAGUCAAGACCGUGUUGAAGGAUAA